AUACCAUUGAAAUACACAAUGAACGAUGCAAAUCCUCUUCAAAGUGAACUAAGUUUGCCGACAACAGGAAGAUUUGAGUGGAUCGAUGAUAAAAAUGAACUUGUGUUCAUCAAAUUUACUGAUCAAAAAUCACAAAAGUCUAUUUAUUCACAAAAAAAUCUUUACAAAAAGAGUCAUAUGAAAAUUGUUGAUGAAAUUCGUACAAUAACUAUAAAGGAUAUAAAAUCUGCUGCUUUGACAAGACUAAAAGCUUCAGGAAAGCAUUUUCAAUAUUCCCAACACUUUGCUAAAAUGAUCAAAUCCCCAGAAUGUGACAAACUAUUGAUAAGUUUGGCAAAAUAUUUAGAAUGUUAUUUUAAGAUAUUGAAAUUUGAAGAAAAAUUUGCCGAUGAAAAAUUAUUACCCAAUGUAAACCAGUUAAAGGAACAAGAAGAAUUGCAUAAACGAAUAGAUAUAUUAAAAUAUGAUUUUUCACUUGCGUACGCUAAAUUUAUACUACUUGAACGAAGUCUAAUGCAUAAUAUAUGCCCUAGACCAAUUGAUCCAGUUGCAACGGCAAAAACAGAUCAAAAUUUAUAUGAAACAUUCUUUUGGUUUUUUGUAUUUUGUAUGUGGAUAACAUUUCUACGAACAAGAUUUAAAGAAAUCUGUGCUCAAAUUGGAUGGUUUACAAGAUCAGAAAUGUUCAAUUCUCUUGGGCGACAAGGAGCUUCCUAUUUCGGUCAAAAAGGCGAACUCGAUAGUAAGAAUAUCAAGAUAUAUCAGACACAACUACCCCGAGCAUCAAUGCUAAAUAAGUGCUCACCAGCCUUAAGGCUUAUAUUACCUGGUGCGGAAGAAAACAUAGCUAAGAUUAACCUGAACAAAAGUGAAGAUAAGCAAAGAAAGUUACAUAUGACUGAGACUAAUGUACAUGAAGAAAAUGAAAAAAUAGGUAUUCUUGGAGACUAUCGACAUUUAUAUGACGACCAACUUAUACUAAAUAAACAAACUGCUGACAGAGAUCAAGAAAAGCACGAAGAUGACAACGAGAAUAACGAUGAAGAAGACCAAGAGAAAGAUGACAAGAAAAGUGUAUAACUUGGAGUACAUGUAACUUAAUUGGUGGAGUUUAAAAAGGUUGGGGAGGGUCGAUAAUUCCUAUCUCUGGAUCUAACUAACAGUUAUUUGUCUAUAAAUAAACACAGAAUUGUAGAAAUAUUAUAUAUUUGUUUUCAAAACUUUUGUGAUUUUUGUUUUUAUUGAUACCAUGAACCAACUUUUAAACAAACUCUAAUUCAAUUAAAUCUUUUUAUCCGACACCAAAUUACAGUGAUAUAUAGAAGCUAAAUUAUUGUUUUUAGUCGUGAAAUUGUUGCCGAGAAGGAAAUUGUGUAAAAUCCGUUGUUAGAAAUUAAAAAUAUCAAGUCAUUAAGUUCUCAGGUUAAGGGUUGGCAUUAUACGAAGAAAAGUUUAUCCAUUUUUAACUACAAAUCAAAAUAUUACGAAUCGAUCCCAUCUUGUGUGGUACAGUUUGAUACUGAUUAAUAAAUUUAUCUUGACUUGAAAUAGCAGGUCAAUUUUAUGAUCAAAUGAUAGACUCGGCUUCUAGAGACGUUCUUCUACUCUGUAGUUCUAUUAAACCCAAUCACAAACCCUAUACAGACAGACAUCUCACUCACCACCAACGACCCAAUAGAGAGCGUCCACUUUUCGUGAGGUUACAUGUUAGACUGCUUGCCCGACACUACGAAUAACUAUUGUUAAGGAAAAUCUAUUGAUGACAGUAAGUCGCAUCAAUGUGGGUCAUGAUUCAAUACAGGUCGUAUCUGCAGUUAAAUGGGUGAUUUGGGUAAAAGGGUUUUGCAAGCUGAAUUUCAUAAAGAUAAAACCAACUAUGUGUAAACCUGUCAGAAACGAUAAACUCAGUGUGAGGGUAUGGGUUUUCAUACAGUUAGGUAACAAGUUAUGAAGGUACACGAUAAAAAUCCAAGUGACUCAUAAAUGGUCACACGUAAAACACCGAUUUCGAACUAAGAGUUCUCAGGUAUCAUUAGUGUGGAAUUAUGUACACAAAAUGGUGAAACAACCAUAGAAGAAAGGUGGGUUCCAGAAACUACGGCAACAGAACAGUUAUUAGCUUAUUAUUGGUGCCUUUGACUUUGGACAUACCAUUAAACAUAAGAGCUGGAAAAAAAGUGGGUAGCGAGGGUCAGUGAGACUACAAAAGCAGAUUACGAUGUUCAUAAACAUGGUCAGACGUACUUCUAUAACUCUUCCACUAUUUGGUACUCAUAUGAAGGUUAAAUGAAUUGUUUGUUUCUACCCGUGGAUUUUGGACAGAGAAGUCGGAGAACAUAACGUUUUCUUGAUGUGUUCAUCUAAAAAUCUACACAAAAUGUGGAAUCUUCAUGUAACGUUCAGGAGACACUAAGAUCCGGAAAUUUAAAGCCUGGUAAUCAUCUAGUAAGUUUCUUGUCUAUGAAAUAUAAGAAACUGUAUCUGUUGACUUCGAAAGGGGUGGUAGG